AGAAAGCUAGAGAAAGAAUGAAAGAUCAUCAAAUGGGUGAAUGUUUCUUAUUUCUUGUUGUUGUUAUGGUUUUAUCCAUGGCACAUUCAAAAGCUGAUAAGAACGAAAAUUGGUGGAGUGAGACUGUUCCAUACAAAAUGGGUACGGAAAAGAUGACAAAGUUACACUUUUACUUCCACGAUACGGGAAAUCCAACGGCUGUCAAGAUUGCUGAAGCGCCGGGGAGUAACAGUUCUGCAACAAGGUUCGGGGAAUUGUACAUGACGGAUGACCCAUUAAAUGAAGGACCCGACCCAAAUUCUAGACUUGUCGUUCGAGCUCAAGGUUUAUAUGGAACUUCUGGAAUGAAUGAGUCGUCUUUGAUUAUGGGUAUAAGUCUUGUUUUCACCGGUGACAAGAAGUUUAAUGGUUCAACCAUCAGUGUGUUUACCCGGAAUCCGAUCACUCACAAAGAACGGGAAUUUGCAAUCGUUGGUGGAACCGGAUAUUUUCAAUAUGCCCGUGGGUUUAUAACUGCUAAACCAUACUGGACUAGUGGUAAAAAUGCCAUUAUUGAGUACAAUUGUACUGUUGUUCACUAUUGAAUCAAACUUUGAAUUCUACGAGUAUUAUAAAAGUUAGGUUUGGUGGUCUCGAGUCUCUUGACAUGAAAAUGUCUAUUGUGCAUCCGGUGCUGUUUUCUUUGUUGUUUACAAGUAUUCCUUAUCUUUCAUUUC